CUCGUGCGUAAAGGACUAAAACUUUUUUCUCACCUUCGCUUUUCCAAUUUCCUUUAUUGUCAAUUUUAUUUUAUUUACACUGUUUCGAUUGAACGAAAGUAUCUCUAAUAAGGACAAAAAGAAACUUUUGCAAUUCUUUAUCCUACAAUUUGUUUACUUUUUCCGGAUUUUUGUUCUCUUGAGAAAAGUUGAUGAUAUGGACGGCGAAUCGAUUCGUGUCGUGAAUAGAUUAAAGAACACGAAUGCCGCCAAAUUUGAGACCAUGUGCAAGAUGCAUCUAUCCUUUUUACUGCAUUUGGACGGCGAUCAAUUACAGGAAUUCCUGUCUGAGAAGGAAUUGAAUAAGGCGAGAGUACAUUUCCCUUUCUAUAAGCGAAAACCUACGAAAGAAAAAGCUGAAAAAUCGGCAUCCGACGGUGUUUUUGGGUCGUGUCUCUCACACCGAACUAUCCAAGCAAUUUCACCUGUUAUAGAAUUUUUAAAAGAGGAAAAGAAUGUGAAACAGGAAGGGCUAUUCCGAAAGAGCGGACAUCAGGUCAGACAAAGGCAGCUACGAUCAAAAAUACACAAUUGGGAAGAUGUGACCAUGGAACUGGAGGACGGCGUCUAUUCCCCUCACGACUGUGCGUCAGUCUUAAAAGGAUUCCUUGGUGAAAUGCCGGAGCCUUUGUUGACUGAGGCUCACUAUUUAGCCUAUUGCCAAAUACCAGACUUUGCGAAGCGUUGUACGAAUUUGGACGACAAGAAGAGAGCGGAAGAGAAACAGGUGUCUACACUGCAACUACUCCUUCAAUUAUUGCCGAAACCCAAUUCACAGUUGCUCAACUACGUCCUUCAACUUCUGCAUCUAGUCGCCUCAAACGCCGACAAUAAGAUGACGGCUGACAAUUUAGGAACCAUGUUCGCUCCUCAUAUUCUAGUUCCCCGUAAAUUACCUCCGUGUGAGCUUCAAGCUGCCGCUGCUAAUGGUGGCCGUAUAGUGUCAUUCAUGAUUCAAAAAGAGCCGCAACUGUCUCAAAUGCCAGAAGCCCUUGUCAGAGACAUUAAGAAAUAUUGGGAAGAAGUUGAAAGCUCUUUCUGUGAUAAAAAUACAGGCGAAGAUAUUGUCAACACUACAAAAUCGUUUACAGAUAGGGCUGCAUCGGCUGCCGAGGAUGAUGGUGGCAGAUAUCAAGACUAUCAGCUAUCUUUAUUGGCCACCCACAUUGCAAAUAUGCCAGAUUGUUCCAGAAAGCGUAAACUACUAAAAAACUAUAAGAAAAUGAACGGCGUUAUCGGAACCCCCCAGAAACAACAUAAAAGAACGAGAAGCUUUGGUGAUACAAUCAAGAAAAUAAUGCAUAGAUCCCAAUCAAGAUCUAGAAAAUAUAGCGCCCAUCAACAGAUUCGCUAUUCGUCAAGUUCCUCCUCGUCAUCAUCUCGAUCUCACAAUUCCGUACAUAGUUCAGAUUCUUAUACGCCUUUGGGAUGCAGUCCAGUUGUUAAAAUUGAUGAUAACGACGAGGUAAGUUUGUUUUUAACUUAAAAGGAAUUAGGCAUGUAGAAGGGAUAGAUAUGGCAUUAGAUACUGUCGAAUCUUGACAGCCUGCCCUGGGGCUGUAUAACGUUACAAAGAAAAUUCAUCUAAACCUGUACAUUUUAUAAAGUAUCCUCUGGUCUUUUCUGCUUAUUGCCUGACUAGGUUUUAUUACUGCUAUCAGUGGGGGGCCGACGGAAGGCCAAUUGAAAGAAUUAUACGAUACUAAUACUUAUUGCCUAACUACGGUAGUCUCCUUUACAUUUUAAGCUUGUUACAUAAAACUCUCUGGGGUGAUUUGUCGUUAAUGUCAAAGAGCUAGAAAUUUGAACCUCUAAAUGAUUUAAAAUGAUCCUUUAACAGGUGUACACUGAAAGCCCAGUUCGCAUUGUCGAUUUACAAGAAGGAACGUCGAAGAAACGAAAGCCGGGUAAAGAGAACAAUGAUCCCAAUGAUGGAUUAGAUUCAUCAGAUUCACCAUGCGCGUCUCCUAUUUCCAAAACUAUGAGAAAAGCACCGAAAUCCCUGCAGAAACACAUAAUGACGCCUGGGUGCCGAGUUCCUUUCGCUGUGAUGAAUACACCUUGAUAAUGAACACCAAGGCGCUAUAUUUUUUUCUUCUUCAUCUACAUAGACUGUACAUAAUUAGAAUGGAAUUUUUUAAUCUCUAUUUUUCUAAGCGAUUUUUUUUUCUUUUUGUAGUUUUCAUGAAAAUACUUUUGUGUGCCAUUUUUUUGAUAGAAAGAGUUUUUUUUUCUUUAAGAAAAGAAAAGAAAAGGAAAGAAAGAAAUCACUUUUUUUUUUGCGUAAUAAGUAGCAAUGUAUUGUCUGUGUCGUGGUGUUUUCUCGUUGUAAUACAUAACAAUUUUCACAACAAAAUACAUUUUACUCUCUUUUGUUU